GAUUGCAGUAUCCGCUGUUGCUGCUGCCUUCAGUCCUGCCCCUGCUGCUACCUGGUCCUGUCUUACUGCAUCCUAGGAAAGCCACGUUGGCCUUCCUUGGCCCAGUGGAUUUUCAAAAGCAGCCCUUCGGUUUAGGGGGGGCUGUAGGAGAUCUUGCCUUUCACUCACACGGGAGAAAACUGGAGCUCGUAAGAGGAGAAUCUGGCAGCUGGACACAGCUCGGACUGCAUUGUCUGGCUUCAUGACCCCUGCUGUGUAGCCAGCUCAUCUCUUCACUCUCACACGCACACACUUUCCUUGCUCUCCCCCACCCCCACCCCUCCUUUUUUUCCUUCUAAUUUUUUAAAAAGCAGCUUCUGGAGCCAGCCAUGUUUGGCACUGAAUCUUCAUUGAGUAUGUUUUUGAAUACUUUAACACCGAAGUUCUACGUGGCCCUGACAGGCACUUCUUCACUAAUAUCGGGGCUUAUUUUGAUAUUUGAAUGGUGGUAUUUUCGCAAGUAUGGAACAUCUUUCAUUGAACAAGUCUCAGUAAGCCACUUGCGCCCCCUUCUGGGAGGGGUUGACAAUAACUCUUCCAACAAUUCUAACUCCAGUAAUGGGGACUCCGAUUCCAAUAGGCAAAGUGUCUCAGAAUGCAAAGUAUGGCGAAAUCCACUAAAUUUAUUUAGGGGUGCUGAAUAUAAUCGGUAUACAUGGGUGACAGGACGAGAGCCUUUGACUUACUAUGACAUGAAUCUCUCUGCCCAGGAUCACCAAACAUUCUUUACUUGUGACUCAGACCAUCUACGUCCUGCAGAUGCAAUAAUGCAGAAAGCCUGGAGAGAGAGAAAUCCCCAAGCUAGAAUUUCUGCUGCUCAUGAAGCCUUGGAGAUAAAUGAAAUUAGGUCCAGAGUUGAAGUUCCCCUAAUUGCUUCCUCUACCAUCUGGGAGAUAAAAUUGUUACCAAAGUGUGCAACUGCUUAUAUUCUCUUGGCUGAAGAGGAAGCAACAACCAUUGCUGAAGCUGAAAAGCUGUUUAAGCAGGCCCUGAAGGCUGGAGAUGGCUGUUACCGGCGUUCUCAGCAGCUACAACAUCAUGGAUCCCAGUAUGAAGCUCAACAUAGACGAGAUACCAAUGUCUUGGUCUACAUCAAAAGAAGGCUAGCAAUGUGUGCCAGAAGACUCGGGAGGACCAGGGAAGCAGUGAAAAUGAUGAGAGAUUUAAUGAAGGAAUUUCCUCUCCUGAGCAUGUUCAACAUCCACGAAAACCUUUUAGAAGCUCUUCUGGAACUACAAGCAUAUGCUGAUGUUCAGGCAGUCUUAGCAAAGUAUGAUGACAUAAGCUUACCAAAGUCGGCAACAAUAUGCUACACAGCCGCCUUGCUCAAAGCAAGAGCUGUCUCUGACAAAUUCUCUCCAGAGGCUGCAUCUCGACGGGGGCUGAGCACAGCAGAGAUGAAUGCAGUAGAGGCCAUUCAUAGAGCUGUGGAAUUCAAUCCUCAUGUGCCAAAAUACCUACUAGAAAUGAAAAGCUUAAUCCUACCCCCAGAACACAUCUUGAAGAGAGGAGACAGUGAAGCAAUAGCAUAUGCAUUCUUCCAUCUUGCGCACUGGAAGAGAGUAGAAGGGGCUUUGAAUCUUUUGCAUUGUACGUGGGAAGGCACCUUUCGGAUGAUCCCUUAUCCCUUGGAAAAGGGGCAUCUAUUUUAUCCAUAUCCAAUCUGUACAGAAACAGCAGACCGAGAGCUGCUUCCCUCUUUCCAUGAAGUCUCAGUUUACCCAAAGAAGGAGCUCCCUUUCUUUAUCCUCUUUACUGCUGGAUUGUGUUCUUUCACAGCCAUGCUGGCCCUCCUGACACAUCAGUUCCCAGAACUUAUGGGGGUCUUCGCAAAAGCCUUCCUCAGCACUCUGUUUGCACCCUUGAACUUUGUCAUGGAGAAAGUCGAGAGCAUCCUGCCCUCCAGUCUGUGGCACCAGCUGACUCGGAUCUGAGGGAAGCGCGUCCUUCCCUCUCCCACCGGCUGGCUGCCGCUGUCGCCUCUGUGCCAACGCACCGUGGUCCGUGAGAAAGCAUGACUUUGACAAAGGGAAGCCAUUCCGAGAUUUUUAAAUGUUCAUGAACUGUUCCAUAUUAAAAACUGUUUUUGUUGUACAAAAUUCAUUGAUGUUCAGUUCUAUUUUAUUUUGCCUCCCAAAAAAAAGAAGAAAAAAAAGUUUAAAAAAAUCAAAUAAAAUUUUGUGUAUUGCA